ACCGUUGUUUCUUGUCAAGAACUUACAGGGUAGUGAACGUUCCCUGUAUGUUUAAAUGUUCUAGCUGUGGUUGUUCUCUUAGGUUCUCGAAGGAGGAGGUGCGUUCUCUGGUGAAGUUACAGAACCUUCAUGGUAACGACUGGAGGAAGAUCUCAGAGAAGAUGGACCGCAGCGUCUACGCUCUACAGAAACGCUUCAACCAAAUCGCUCCAGGUCGUGGUGCGUGGAGUUCAGACGAGGAGUCCAAGUUGAAGCGGGCUCUGAGGGCUCACCUGGAGACUGUGGUCCAGCAGAAUUCUGCAGGUUCUCGUCUGAGCAGAGAACAGCUCUGUAACAACCUGCCCUGGACUGAGAUCAGUCGGCAGGUCGGGACAAGAACCUGGGGCCAGUGUCGACUCAAGUGGUUCUCCCUCCUGAAGGUGAAACUGUCCUCAGGUCUUAGCAACAAAGGGUCUGAAGGACUUAAGGCUAAAAUCCACCUCAUCAACGCGCUGUACAACAUGCAAGUGGACGACUACACGGACAUCGACUGGGACAAGGUUGCUAACGCUGUCAGGUGAGUCACAGUUAUGUUUU